CUUGUACGAAAUUACUUUGCAGAAGAACUUGCUGUGCGCCAUAAAUGCGUGUCGCUACUCAAAGAAAUGGUUCCCCUUCCUCUUUCGCCGUUCCGUGGACGAACCGCGUGAGGUAGAGGCGACCAGCAAUCCCUAUAAAGGAGAAUUAGGUCUUGCUUCAUGGCCUCGAAACGGAUUUUGAAGGAGCUCAAGGAUAUCCAGAAGGAUGCUUCCACUUCCUACAGCGCAGGUCCUGUAGCGGAAGAAAUGUUUUACUGGAAAGCAACAAUAAUGGGUCCUCCAGAUAGUCCUUAUGCUGGGGGUGUUUUCCUUGUGGCCAUCCACUUUCCUCCUGACUAUCCUUUUAAACCACCUAAGGUUGAAUUCAGGACAAAGGUCUUCCAUCCAAACAUUAACCGCAACGGUACCAUUUGCCUUGACAUUUUGAAGGAGCAAUGGAUUCCUGGACUGACCAUUUCCAAGGUGCUGCUAUCCAUCUGUUCUCUCCUGACAGAUCCAAACCUAGAUGAUCCGUUGAUCCCAGAGAUUGCCCACAUGUACAAGACUGAUCGGAACAUGUACGAGGCUACUGCAAUAAGCUGGACCCAAAAGUAUGCUAUGGGCUAGUGAAUUUGUUAAGGCUGACUGGACAUGGAAGUCACUCUUAUUCACUAGAAUGAAAUUGUUGUGUAUCUAAGCCACAUUUUACUAUGUAUUGCUGCCCUUCCGAAGGUUGGGAUGUCCGAAGGAAGCAAUUUAGACACGCUUUUGGAGUUACUUCGGGUGGUAAAAGGUGAGACGGCCUUUUUAUACAUCAUAGUCAGACCUUUAAUUGCUUAGGUUUGAGUUUGAGAUAAAUAAAUAUUGAUUAAUGGCCUGCCAAA